UGUGGGAGGAAUAUGAAGAGGAGAAUAAGAAUAAAGAGAAUAUUUAUGAUAACAAUCAAAAUAUAUUCAUUUGAAAAUUUUCGAGUGGUUUUUAAGUAGCGAUUCAAGUUUAGAUGAUUUAUAGAUUAAUUUAUUUAUUUCUGUACAAAAUUAUAGAACACAAUUUAUUUGUAUUAUAUAAUUUUAUUUUUAAUAUGAUGCAAGAAUUAUGCAAACAAACAAAUAAUGAAAACGUGUUCAAUGUUUUUUAUCAGUUCGUGGGGAAGGAGGGAAAAAUAUUUUUCAUACAUACCAAAAAUAUAUGAUCCCGAUUGCAUCAAAAAUUACAAUCAUAUGUGACUUUGUGUAAAUUUAUUUAUUUAUUUUUUUCAUUUUUAGAUA